ACUGUUUACUAGUGGGUAGGAACACAGCUCUUGCUGUAAUUGUUUUGUCUCAUCUGAUGGCUCGUUGAAACCUCGGCGUGAAACAGAAACUUCGUGUUUGUUCAUCUUGAUCCGAGGUAAGGAACUUUGUGUGUGACAGCGUGCGGAGGCUGUCUUUCAUUUACGAAGACUGCUAAGUGUUUCACAGGCAAAUGAAGUUAACAUCGGUAUUUAGUGUGGUGGUCCAACUGAGCUUGUGGUUAGACACCAUACUAGUUUGGGGUAAUGGGAGAUACGGAGGAGGUGUCCCAAAAAUUAGAGGUCCUAAUCUUUGUGGAAACUUGCCAGCUAGAAACUGUUGUCCAGGAUGGACGGCAAGACCAGGACUUUAUCCAUCAUUAUGUAUAGUCCCAAUAUGUACAAGGUCUUGUGGAAACGGACGUUGUAUUGGGCCUAACACGUGUUACUGUAAUAAUGGGUCUUUUUCUGCUACAUGUACUAGUGAAGAACCUAUUGGACCAUUUAGUCCAGGUCCGGGUGAACCUGAUGGAAAUGGAGGGCCUGGAUAUGUCAAAAAUAAUGGUCGAUAUAUUCCAGUCGGUCCAGAUAGACCGAAUGGAAAUGGCGGGACUGGAGGUGGCAGAAAUAAUGGUAGAUAUAUUCCAACGUCUCCUUCUGCUCGUUGUAGUGAAGCUUGUCUUAAUGGUGGACGAUGCAUUGGGAAUGACCGUUGUGCAUGUGUGUAUGGUUUCACAGGACGUAGGUGCGAGAGAGAUUACAGAACAGGGCCAUGUUUUAAGAAAGUCCAGAACCAAUUCUGUUCUGGCCAGUUACCAGGGGUUUCCUGUACCAGACAACUAUGUUGUGCAACAGUUGGAGUAGCUUGGGGACAUCCAUGUGAGCAAUGUCCUGCAAAACUUGACUGUGAUAGAGGGUACAUCACCAAUAUCAACACCAAGAAUUGUCAUGAUGUGAAUGAAUGCGAGGCUAUUCCAGGACUCUGUGAUGGUGGGAAAUGUGUUAAUACCAUUGGCUCAUUUCACUGUGAGUGUGAAGAAGGGUAUGCAAGAAGUGAAGAAACAAAUGCCUGUGAAGGUAUGUUAAUCGUAAACAUUUUUUAGCA